AUGAAAAUAAAUUUUAAUCACCCAUUUCAUUUAGUAGAUUAUAGACCAUGACCUUUAACAGGAGCUAUUGGAGUAAUAGUUUUAGUUAGAGGAAUAGUAAAAUGAUUUCAUAAUUUUAAUAUAAAUUUAUUAAUUUUAGGAUAUUUUAUUGUAAUUUUAACCAUAUAUCAAUGAUGACGAGAUAUUUGUCGUGAAGGAACAUAUCAAGGUAAACAUACAAUUUUAGUAACCAAAGGACUUCGCUGAGGAAUAAUUUUAUUUAUUGUAUCAGAAAUUUUUUUUUUUGUCUCUUUUUUCUGACCCUUUUUUCAUAAAAAAUUACCCCCUAAUAUUGAAAGCGGGGCUAUAUGACCCCCUACUAAUAUUACCCCUUUUAACCCUUUUCAAAUUCCUUUAUUAAAUACUAUUAUCUUAAUUAGAUCGGGAGUAUCAUUUACUUGAGCUCAUCGUGCAAUUAUAAAAAAUAAUAAUUCUCAAAUAACUCAGGGUCUAUUUAUUACAAUUAUUUUAGGAAUUUAUUUCACAAUUCUUCAAGCAUAUGAAUAUUUUGAAGCCCCUUUUACCAUUGCAGAUAAAAUUUGGGGUUCAACUUUUUUUAUAGCAACAGGAUUCCGUGGAUUACACGUUAAUAUUGGUACAUUACUCCUUAAAAUUUGUCAGACUCGUCAUUUAAAUACUCAUUUUUCAAGUAAUCAUCUUUUCAGAUUAGAAGCAGCAGCGUGAUAUUGACAUUUUGUAGAUGUAGUUUGAUUAUUCCUUUAUAUUUCUAUUUAUUGAUGAGGAAAUUAA